AUGUAUGCAGACAAGAAGAGGAUAGACAAAGAGUUUAAUUUUGGAGAUCUUGUGUACUUGAAGAUUCAACCAUACAAGCAAUACUCCUUGGAAAAUACAUACUUUCACAAGCUAUCGACGAGGUAUUAUGGUCGCUACAAGGUUAUUGAAAGGAUAGGGAAGGUAGCAUACAAAUUGGACCUUCCUGCAAACACGAGGAUUCACAAUGUAUUCCAUGUGUCAUUAUUAAAAAAGCAUCAUGGUGACCAUGAAGUUUCAGAACAAUUACCAAGACUCAAUGAAGAUGGAGACUUAAUAAUUAGACCAGUGGCCAUAUUGGAUAGAAGAGUUAAAAAGAAGAACAAUAAAGCCAUUACUGAAGUAUUAGUGUGGUGGGAACAGACCAACCCCAAGGAUGCAACAUGA